UCUCGCGAUAGGUCGCCCGCUUCCCAUAACUCCGUGCGCUCGCCCCUCCCGUCCUCUUUCCGCCAUCUUUCCGCGCCGCCAUAAUGGUGCGCAUGAAUGUCCUGGCAGAUGCUCUCAAGAGCAUUAACAAUGCUGAAAAGAGAGGCAAACGCCAGGUGCUUAUUAGGCCAUGCUCCAAAGUCAUCGUGCGAUUUCUGACUGUGAUGAUGAAGCAUGGUUACAUUGGCGAAUUUGAAAUCAUCGAUGAUCACAGAGCUGGGAAAAUUGUUGUGAACCUCACAGGCAGGUUAAACAAGUGUGGAGUGAUCAGCCCCAGGUUUGAUGUACAACUCAAAGAUCUAGAAAAAUGGCAGAAUAAUCUGCUCCCAUCCCGCCAGUUUGGUUUCAUUGUACUGACAACCUCAGCUGGCAUCAUGGACCAUGAAGAAGCAAGACGAAAACACACAGGAGGGAAAAUCCUGGGAUUCUUUUUCUAGGGAUGUAAUACGUUCAUACAAAUAAAAUGCCUCACUGGACUCUA